GUUAUUGGGUUUUUGUUACAAUCAGAAAUGGGGUUCUUUAUCCAAUUAAGGCUUCUGGGUCUUUCUUAGGUUUUCAUUACGGUCUCUUUCACAUCUCACAUAUCAAAACCCUAAUUACUACAGAAUUGAAUUCACCGUCGCCAUUAAUUUCUCUUAUUUUUCUUGUUCCAAAUUGCCAUUUAUUGCAACUUUUAAUUUUAUGGUUUUCAGAUAUUUCCCAUGCUCUAACUGAUCUUGUUACUUUUCUUCAUCAGUAGGGUCAGCAUUUCACUAGUGUCCAAUUUUUUGAGUUAUGGAGCAAAUCUCCUUUGAAUUUCAUCAUUUUCUCCUCUUUUCUUUAUGAUAUUUAUUGGAUGAAAUCACUAGUGCGGCUCACUUUGCUAUUUUUGGGGUCUGUUUCUGUUUUUUUGUUUCUGUUCUUGCUCACUCUCUACUCUGACACAUCUGUUUCCCAUAAUUCCAGCCUACCAAUCAUCCAGUUGUUACUGAUACCCCUCAUACAGAAAUAAUUCAGCUCCCAAUUUCAAGAAAUAUUCUAGAGAACUCUGUAUUUGUGGGGUGUGUAUUUUAGCCUAGAUUUUUUGUAGCCUGCUAGAUUUCUUUUCUAGCUCUUCCUGUGUGUGAAACAAACUACAAGAGCUUCAAUUAAGGCUAAAGCAUGGCUGACGAAUCGGCCAACAGGUCCGAAUGGAGUAGAGAGCAGGACAAGGCAUUUGAGAAUGCCCUGGCAACUUAUCCGGAGGAUUCUUCUGAUCGGUGGGAGAAAAUUGCGGAGGAUGUUCCGGGGAAGACUUUAGAAGAAAUUAAACAUCACUAUGAGCUUUUAGUUGAUGACGUUUACCAGAUCGAGUCUGGCUGUGUGCCACUGCCUAGUUAUACUUCUUGUUCCAGUGGUUCGACAAGCCAUGCUAGUGACGAAGGAACUGGGAAGAAGGGUAACCAUUUUGGGCAUUUUAACGGCGAUUCAAACCAUGGAGCCAAGGCUUCAAGGUCAGAUCAGGAGCGCCGCAAAGGGAUUGCUUGGACAGAGGAUGAGCACAGAUUAUUUCUUCUUGGUUUGGAUAAAUAUGGGAAGGGUGAUUGGCGAAGUAUAUCGCGGAAUUAUGUGGUGACAAGAACUCCCACACAAGUUGCAAGCCAUGCUCAGAAGUAUUUCAUUCGUUUAAACUCUAUGAACAAAGACAGGAGGCGAUCAAGCAUUCAUGAUAUCACUAGCGUAAACAAUGGAGACAUAUCUGUGCCCCAAGGGCCGAUCACCGGUCAAGCAAAUGCUGCAGGAGGUUCAUCUGGCAAAUCAAACAAACACCCUCAAGUAUCGGCUGCUCCGCCUGGUAUUGCCAUGUAUGGUGCAACGACUAUCGGGCAACCAAUAGGACCAAUAGGAGCACCCCUAGUUUCGGCCGUUGGCACACCGGUGAAUCUUCCACCACCGUCACACAUGGCAUACGGCGUUAGAGCACCAGUUCCCGGGGGAAUGGUUCCUGGUGCCCCAAUGAACAUGGUCCCCAUAACAUAUCCAAUGUCACACACAUCUACUCAUUUAUGAAGUGGCAUUUAGUUUACAAAUUGUACAAAGUACAAAGACUAUUUAGCGCUGAUUUUACUUCGGAGUUAUUAGGGACUUGAGCAGGAAUAAUGUGAUGAUACUAUACUUCAUUUACCUUAUCAAAUUGAAAUAAGCUAUAGAAGAAAA